GGGCUUGCAAGCAGCAUGAGUAAGUUUCUGGGCCCGAAAUGGAACCAGACCCACAGCAGUGACCUGAGCCACUUCAAUGACAUAUUUUAUCCCUUAAACCGCUGCGCCGGAAGGGAACUCCUGAUUGGAAGGAUUAUAGAUGUGUGAGGCGAGACAAAGUAGGUGCAAGGCAUGCCCAGUCUGAGUUGUCUGCGGGCAGAUAAUAAGAAAGGGGUGAGUUAGUCUGAUGAAUAAAGUUGAAAACACCCAAGUCCCCAAGCAACUCUUCGACCCCGCAGACGCUCUGUGGCAGAGCGAGCUCAAUCCCGCCAGUUUCCCACAGACCACGCCCCCCAGAACGGCAACGUUGAAGUCCUCGGGCGCAGAGAGGUCUCUGGGCUGAAUGGCCGGAAGUGCGCAACAGCAGCGGAGGUUGGCUGCUGCAAACCGACUCUUCUAGAGCCUUUGGGAGUCCUGGCUCUCCUGAGCGGCUGCUGGGCACCUUUGGUCUGACUGAUUAGAGUGCUGGCUUAAAUCGAUUCUCUCCCCUUCUCUGCCCAGUUUCAUCAGGCAAUCUUUUCUCUCUGGUGCAGCUGGAUGGGAGGCAGGGCUUCCUGGCUGGCGCGUCUCCUGGGGGCACCACAGAGACGUGGUCCUCCAUCACUCCAGCCCGUCCCCUCAAGUCUAUGUAUGAGUUAGCGCGCCUACGUCAUUUUCGAUCGCCUCGGACGGGGUGAGGAGCGCCGGCUCUGAGAAGGAAGCAGCAGGGUCUGACAGACUGGGAGGGAGGCGAGAAAUGCGUUGGGAUCUGAGUUUGCAAGUUGCGUCUCGAAGGAAAGUGGAGGCUGCAGUCUGGUUGUGCCCCCCACUGCCUUCGGAGGGCAACUGUGAGGGCGGGUCUAGGGCCUUCGCGUCUAGAGUUGGGGAGAGCCUGAGAAAAGGGAGCAAGUCUUGAGCAAGGCCUGAGGAGGGAAGGCAGGGUUGGGGACAGCUUUGGAUCACCAGCGUAGCUUAAAGGCAAGCCUUCUGGUGCGUCCCCCGCUACCCAGCUCUGCGCUGAAGCAUCCACGCCAGCCGGCAGCGCCUUAAGAUGGCUGCUACUCCCAGUCCUAUGCAGACACUUCAGGAGGAAGCGGUGUGUGCCAUCUGCCUAGAUUACUUCAAGGAUCCUGUGUCCAUCGGCUGUGGACACAACUUUUGCCGAGGGUGUGUGACUCAGCUGUGGGGCAAGGAAGAUGAGGAAGACAGGGAUGAAGAGGAAGAUGAAUGGGAGGAGGACGACGAGGCGGUGGGGGCCAUCGGUGGAUGGGACAACUCCAUUCGACAGGUUUUAUACCAGGGAAAUGCUGACGAGGAGUUGUUCCAGGACCAAGAGGAUGAUGAGCUCUGGGUCGGUGACGCUGGUGUGAGGAAUUGGGACAACAUGGAUUACGUGUGGGACCAGGAGGAAGAAGAGGAAGAAGACAGGGACUACUACUUGGGAGGCUUGAGACAAGACCUGAGAAUUGAUGUCUACCUGGAAGAAGAGGAGGAGAUAGUGGAAGAAUACGAUGAAGACGACGAAGAGCUGUAUCUUGACAGGCAUCUGCCUCCUCCCCUAGCCCCUCCACGGCAGUUCACCUGUCCCCAGUGCCGAAAAAGCUUUACACGUCGAAGCUUUCGUCCUAACUUGCAGCUGGCCAACAUGGUCCAGAUAAUUAGCCAGAUGUGUCCUACUCCUAAUCGAGGGAGCAGAGAGAAUGAUCAGGGCAUCUGUUCCAAACACCAAGAAGCCCUGAAACUCUUCUGUGAGGUGGACAAAGAGGCCAUCUGUGUGGUGUGUCGGGAAUCCAGGAGCCACAAACAGCACAGUGUGGUACCACUGGAGGAAGUGGCACAUGAGUACAAGAACUUGAAGGACAAAACUGUAGGAGUAUAUGUUGGCGCAACUGUGAUGGCAAGUUUUAGAUCUGAGUCUUUGUCAAAAGUUGAAGAAAAUUGGCAUUCAAGAUGUUCUACAGCAGUUACCAUCCAGCAUCGACUUCCAUCAAUCUGCCCAUAAUCUACUAGAAAUCUUAAGCCUUGAUGUCAGCAUGACUGUUGUGAAAAACAGUACAUUUAAUCCCAGUUUGCCUUGAAUAUCUGAAUGCUGUUCAGUGUUUUCUGUCACACACUGAGGUUUCUUGGUUAUCAAAAUAGUUCAGCUGAAUUUAUUGACAGAACAACUGGCUUUGGAACAACAAUAAAAACAACCGAUACUUUAAAACUUCAAAAAUUAAAACUUUAAGCAGAAUUUAACACACUGAAGCUUAAAAUACAUUGACCCUAAAUUGUCAAGGGGGCAAAGAGUAACGUCACUUGCUCAUUAUGAAAUACUUUAAGCACUUGCCAAAAUUCCAGCUACAUAUCAAACUCAUGCUAAAUGUGUGUUGAUUUUCUUGACCAGUCUUUCAAGGACCAGAUUCAUCAAUGUUAUUUCAAGAAAAAAAAAUCUAAAACUAUUCUGGGUGAUGCGUUCUUGAUCUUGUUCUUAAAACGUACCUGUGGUAGCUUUUGAGAAGAAUGUGUUUCACACUGAUGUUCAAUCCUCAUUAGAAGAACUUCAAGAGAAAUUUGUGGAAUUCAAAGUCUGAUUGUUUUAACUAGAAAUUUCCAGACUUUAAUCCAUUCAUUAUUCUAUCUUGUCCUUACAUCUUAAAAGCUUUUUUUUUUUUUUUGAAUAACUAACUGUGGGAGAGUGCUGUCAAAGCAGCUAGUGUUUUGUUGCAUCUUUUACAUCACCCAGGAAAGAAAAGUUCAGGCUUAACAGUGACUUGGUUAUUACAUUAUCUGAAUAAAUUUUUGCCUUCCAAAAUUA